AUGGAGGCUGAGAUUUGAUCGCCAGGUAAGCGCGAGAGUUUGCCCACUGGCGAACCGUCGAACCCCACUUCUUCGGACCAGCAAAACCCAACACAACAAGCAAACGCUCCUCAAUUGUUCCUACUUUUGAAGAAAAAGCCCACAAGAAAGUAUUUUGACAAGACAAGACCAUGACGACCAUGACAGCCGCAGAACCGACGAUUGUGGUGACGGAUCACGAGUACGAGUACAACGAUGACGACGAUGAUCUUUCGUUUGCGACGGCCGCCAGUUCCGAGAGCUCGACGACAAGUACUAGUAGUAAUGAUCAACCCGCCAGCAAGAGAGCGAGACUGGACCACGACAAGUUGCGUUUGCUGGAUGGCAUUGCCACUGUGCAGCGUCAGUACUUGAUGCGCGAAGAACCCCGUGUGGUCUUUGGGACGUUGUUGGAAAAGCUGUUGGAUCUGAUGGACAGCGAGUACGGGUUCAUUGGCGAAGUCAUGUACAAGGAAGAAGAUGGAUCGCCCUAUCUACAGACGCAUGCCAUUACCAACAUUGCGUGGAAUGCCGUGACAAGAGCGUUCUACAAUGACAAUGUGGAUCACGGCUUGAAAUUCUUCAAUAUGAAGUCUCUCUUUGGCCAAGUCAUUGUCACGGCCGAACCAAUGGUCUGCAACGCACCGCAGGAUCAUCCGGCGGCCUGCGGGAUCCCGGAAGGACAUCCUCCGCUCGAUCACUUUCUGGGAAUUCCCUUUUUCGAAUCCACCACGCGCGAUGACAAUGGACCCGCACAACUCGUUGGCAUGGUCGGCAUUGCCAACAAACCCGGCGGAUAUACAGAGGCAGAUGUCGAGUUUCUAGAGCCCUUCGUCACGACCUGUUCCAAUCUCAUUCAAGCAUACAAUGCCGUUCGCAAGAACCAGGAACUCGUCGAUACGCUCGAGCAGCGGGUCCAGGAACGAACCCAGGAACUCCAAAAGUCCAACGAAUCACUCGAAGAAGUCAAUCGCAAGUUGGAGGCCGCUUCACAGGCGCAGUUGCAGACAUUUGCCAGUAUCACCCACGAGAUUCGAACACCCCUCAACUGCGUUAUUGGCUUGUCCUCGCUACUCCAAGAAACCAAUCUCAGUCCUUACCAACAGGACUGUCUACAAAUGAUUGUCACAUCGGGGGAUUUACUUUUGACGGUAGUCAAUGAUGUCCUCGAUUACAGCAAACUCGAAACGGGUAAUGUCGAAAUUGCCGUCAAACCAUCCAAUAUACAAACCUGUUUGGAUGCCGUCGUACACUCCAUUGCCCAAAAGGCACGCGACAAAAACCUUACCGUGGCCACCAGUUAUGAUCCGGCCGUACCCGAAACCAUUGACAUGGACAACCGACGACUGCAACAAAUACUUUACAAUCUGCUGGGAAACUCGGUCAAGUUUAGUCCGCCCGAAGGAGUCAUUGAACUCAAGGUGGGGUUGGUGGAGAAUCCGUAUCGACAACAGCAACAACAAUUAGAAGAUACAGCACCACAACCGCAAGGAGAGGAGGCGGACACUGAGAGACCUGAUCCGACGAACGCUACAACCGAACGGGACGAGACGGCAGCGGCAGAAACCGACAAACCGGUUUCGUCCAAGCCGUCGGGUAGUGGUGGUGGCUGUCCAUUCCUCGGUGGGAAAGAACCAACCAAAGAUGCUCCUCCAAGUCAACCAGCCACGGCGGGAGGCUGCCCCUUUCUCAGUGGCAAAGAACCAGAGAAACAAGAUAGCAGCAGCAGCAUGGGGAGUAGUAAAUCACCGCCGGGGGCCAUGAUGUUGACCGAAGAAGAUCAGCUGAGUGAAGGAUUGAGAACGUGUGACAAGAUUCUUCGCUUCCGCGUCAAGGAUUAUGGCAACGGAAUACCAAGGAAGGACUUCGCCCGUAUCUUUAAACCAUUCAAGCAGGCCAAUUCCAUGAUUGAAACCAGCCAUGGUGGUACAGGCCUCGGCUUGGCCAUUGUCACCAAGUUGGUCAAGGGGUUGGGUGGAGCCAUUUCGGUGGACAGUGUCGUGGGACAAUGGACCGAGUUUGCCGUAGACUUUCCCUUUACGGGGAAAUUGUUCGAUGUGAAACCCCUGACCAAGGAACUCCAGCGAGGGGAAAUCAUUUCCAUUGAACAACCCGGUAGCAACUCGGGAAGCAAUCUUCUAAGUGAGUUGGGCGUCAACAAUGUUCGCCGAUUCGACAGCAUGGAAUCGUUGUUGGAAACCAUGUCACCCCCCAACAACGGAUUGCAGAAGGAUCGAUUCUAUCUCACUUUGGUGGACGAGCAACUACACGAUGCGACUCAGCACAAGCAAUUCAAAAAUUUGACCAAGCAAAAGACCGCCAUGGUGACGCAUGGGCCCAACUACGGCGUCAAGGAAACCAACCUUCACUUUCGGUCGUUGCGGCAAGUACUGCCGUCCGUGUUGAUACGGUCGUUGGCGGCCCAAAUGAAGGCGUCCUCGCAUGGAGGUCCGGAAGUCGAGAGCCCAGAAGCUGCCAGACCCAUCUCCUACGACAGACUUCGAAUAUUGGUUGCAGAAGACAACAUUAUCAACCAAAAGGUGCUUGGCAGGAUGCUCAGUCGCUUGGGAGUGACCAACGUGGAGUUUGCGGACAAUGGGGAAAUAGCCGUGACCAAGAAUAAAGAACAGGAAUUUGAUCUCAUUUUCAUGGAUAUGCAGAUGCCCAUCAUGGAUGGUCUAGAGGCAACGAAGCUCAUCGUAAAGCAUCGAGGUGACAAGGCGCUUCCCAAGGUGGUGUUUGUGACGGCUAACGUAUCAGAGAAGUUCGAGGAAGAGGCAUCGGAUGCUGGGGGAGAUGGCUACAUCUCCAAGCCGUUCAGCCUUGGAGUGAUCGACAAAGCAUUCAGCGGAUAUCUCUAAGACGCUGCCGCCUCCUUGUCUGCAGGCUGUCGCGGGGCAGUUAUGUAUGCUCAGAUACAUUCAUGCGCAAUGUUGUCAAGCGAAUUGCAAAACAAGCGUAGCUCGCAAGAGCCCAGGCACUGUACAAUAUUAACUGCAUACUUCUACAUGCAACUACUAGUAUAAAUUCUUUCUUCGACACUUUGACUAG